AUGUUCCCAGGACAGAGAAAACGCGGCUGGCGACAAUGCCUGGCCGAUAGCUAUAAAAAAACCCACGGCCCCCUCGAUGACCCUGUCCCGACCUUCGGCGCCAAACUGGUGACGUUUCCCUCGACGCCGACUCUACCCAUGUGCUUCGCCACGCCUGACCCCGACUUCCUCGAGGAACUUGAUCGACGUCUCUGCGCCAUCGAAGCCAAGCCAGUACCCAAGUGCCUGCAGCCUCUGCGCUUUGAUGAAGAACCUGUGGUCGAGUUGAGCUGCUCCGACAACGACACCGACGAUGAAGGCAGCGAGAGCUUUCGUAAUUCGAUGCGCGAGGCCAGGAUUCGUGUAUAUGCGAGCGCCGGAAUAGAUAUUGUUGCUGUUGAAGCUAAGCAACGGGCGCGAAGGCUUGCGAGGGAGAAGAGACGCGAAGCCAGGGCGACCGAAUUGAACAACACCGAGUCUGCGCUUCCCUCAUCACGGGACCAUGCUACCAAGCCCUCCAGCAAUGCUACUGAAGCCGACACGGCUGGGUAUCACGCCAAUAACCAGAAGCGAAAGCGUCAAACAGAGGACGAGGAAGACGAGCCUCAUCGCAAGAUCGCCAAGCCAAGCGACACAACCAGCCCUCGACCAAAGCGACGAAUUCGCCCAUCAUUCAAGCCGCAAUCUUCAUACAGUCCUCCACAAACACCAUCUCCCACCGAAAGAGAACAUGCACAAGGGCAAGCUGGCUCGUCGUCAUCGCCCGAGUCGCUCGUUGCACAACAACCUACUCCCGAGGGUGACAGCUACUUGAAACAUGGGAGGGGUCAGGAAUCGCCGACUGCAGGAGCGGAAUUGUCAGCAGGAUGA